AUGGCAGCCAUCGCGCAACAAGGAUACAAAGUUAAAGGCAUAAACAAUGUCGUUAUCAAGUUGUACCCGCAGGUGCUCGGGAUACACAAAGUACACGAACACAACCUUUGCAACGCUCUCAGAGAUUUCGGACUCAUGCUUAAAGCAGACUGUAGAACCGAGUUGCUACAGUACAAUUACGAUUUUCUCAAGUUCGCACAUACAAUGAGAUCCAGUGAACUCUGCAUGAUCGCCCAUGGAUAUUCAAUGCUGAACCUUGAAGAUCGUAACUGGUGGGAUCAGUUCACGGCAGUUGCAUCGAAAAACUCAUUUGAUAUGGAUGGAAAAGAAAUGGCAGGGUUGCUGUAUUCACUAAGUAAAGUGUACACCGGUAAACAUCCUCUCAUAGCAAGACUUAUAGAGGAAUCCACACAUUGGAUUCAACACGCAACAGCGAGUACGCUAUCGCUACUUGUCAAAGUUAUUUCAAACCUCAAGAUAGGAGAUAGCUAUUUACAUCGCAUCAAUGCCCGAGCGAUAGAGAUUGUCGACCAGCUCAAUAUGGUGGACGUCAUAUUCUUCGUCACAUCUAACACAGAGGCUAAGACGCAUAACCCAGAAUUGUAUCGAAUGUUGUGUUUACGUGCUAUCAAAUUGUAUGACGAUAUGGAGCUACACCACCUAAGAGCAUUGGCAGCGUGCCUCAGCAUUGCAGGCUACAAGUCUACGCUAUUCUACAAUAUACUUGCCAUCAGAUUGGUUGAAAUAUGCCGCAACAAAUCUUUACGUGAUGGUGACGUAAUAUCGCUUUUCCUGGCAUAUACAUCGCAAAAGUUCCUGACACAAAAUGACCUAUGCAUUGACGUAAAUGUAUAUAAGCAGUUUCUGAAACAACGCUUUGGAAGCGUUACUAAGGAUAAAUUCGAGUUCCCAGUUGCAGAACUGGCUCCUGUGCUGGCAAAAGCGCUAGAAGAAAAUAUUGACAGAAUUACCUACAAUGGGAUGCCCAUUGUAUUGAGGGCAAUAUCGAUUUUAAGGUUGCCGGUUGAUAAAAAUCUGUAUGAACGUGUGAUUUGCGAGACUGCAUUAUAUAUUUCUGAAAAUAAAUACGACGAUCUAAAGUUGUCAAAUCUAGUAGUAACACUCGCCAAACGCCAGGGGAGACAUGAUGUAUUCUGGAACGCCGUUCACGAACUUUUAUCAAAGCCCGGUAUGAAGAUUAAUGCGGACCUACUUGCCAAGAUGACAGUAACCCUAAGCAAUCAUACAAACGACGAAUGUCGUCGGAGGGUAUACGAGGAUCUACUCCAGCUAUCGUCGGAACAUUGUAAAUACAUGAGUGUCAAGUCUAUUUUUGCGUUGACCAGGGUUCUGGUGGCCAAUAUGGAGGUUGACGUUUUAUGUAGCACCCCGUAUGUGGAUGCCAUAAUAGCUUUAGUAGGUCAGCUAAGGCUGUCUGAUGUAUUUAACCUAUUCAAACUAUACCCAUUCCGGCUGCUUCCUACUGACGACGGGAACCUCGCACGCAUGAUAACCGCUGCCAGGGCGGCCCUGGAGAAAGCUGGUGAUGACAACUCCUGCUACGCACCUAUGAAGAGGCUUAUAGAUGGCGUUCCUGGUUAUAAACAAGAGUAA